AAGAAAAGUCAUGUGACAUUUGUACUUUUAAAAUGGCAGAUUUUAUCGGUCCAACAACUUAUCAUGACUUAUGAUUUUGUAAUAUAAGAUCUAAUAGUAAUAUACUACUAUAGAAUAGAUCUAUAUAGAUAAUAGAUAUCUAGAUAUAAUAUGGCAGGACAUUAAACUUUUUGUUACCUACAUGGAAUAGAUUCCAGCUCUAGAAAACAGAUUUCAAGUUUUAGAAGGCUGUUUUUUUUGGUGAUGGGUGCAUGAUACUGUGUAUGCUUUUCUCAAGAAUAGUCUAGCAAAAUGAAUCAGUUACAUUUAAACAAGCAACUUUCAGAUGCAGUGGACUUGUUUGUUAUGGCUAAAUUUGCUGAUUGUUUUUAUGCUUGUGCAGAUGUUAUAAAAACAGCAAAGUUUGAGCCAGAACAUCAACAUCAAAGCAAUGAAGAGGUCAUAGAAGCUGCCAUAGCACUAGGGAUCCAGGCACUGGCAGAAACAGACAAUUGGCAUCAUGUGAUCAGCUUUAUCAUUGACACAUAUGGGAGCAUUGAACUUUGCCCACCAAGAAUUGUUCAAGUCUGUAUCCUGCUCCAUGCACAUGUAAAGGAAUAUUUGCCUUGUCACAAACUAGUACAAACGUGGUUGAAAAAUCCACAAAAUUUGAAUCACAGUCAGUGUUCUAAGGUUGUGCGAAUUUACGCCCAUCACAUUCUUUGUCCAACUGGAUCCUAUGAAACAUUACAAGAAGUUAUUAACAGCUGUCCAUCCCUCAGUGAUUCAGAUAGGGCAGCACUUCAAAAAUUACCACAAGCAAGAAGAUUUGAAUCUCCUAAAACGUUGCCAUUAGAAAAUUUUAAGGAAACAAUGCAUCCUGGCCACCAUUCCAUACAGGAAAUUUCUCCUGCGGAGGAAAAGAAAGCUAGAUUUCACCUCACAGAUACAAACACAGACACAAAAUGUAAUUUAAAUAUUGUUAGAAACCAGAAGGACAAAAGUAGAAGCACUUUUGCAGACCUACCAUCUAAAGGAGUGUCUAUGUUGACAACCUUGUGCAAGACAAUCUUUGUUACUGCCAGAACCUUUGUGGAAUCACAGAAAUCCAUAGGAUUGAUCAUCAUGGGCAUGUUAGCUUUCUAUGCCAUCAUACAAACACAGAGCGCCGAUCCUGUCUCAAGUCUUGGUAGACUAGUCAUACUUUGGAAAUUUUUUAUUUCUAGAUUGAAACAAUUCUCUUUCAAUAAGUAACCAGAAAAUUGUUACAAGGUACAUGUAUUAUAGAGCGUGCCUACUUUAGACCUAUACAUUUUGUGAAUUAAAAGUUUAAAUUAUA